GACUGCGCUUUAGGAAUCAUCUCACUCGUUGUUUUCAAUGGGAAUAACUUCUCAGCUGUAUUUAUUUGAGCAGUUUGACUCUUACCGAGGAAUUUCACGCGUGUUCCUGGAACUUUUCACUUUGGCAGCUGCGCCCCUCGGGGUUUGGUUUCAGCCCGGAUCCGUGCUCUGCGGACUGUGGAGCAGGGAGCUCCCCGUCAACAACUUUUCACAUGAGUGACCUCUGGAGCUUCUGUGGGCUCUAAACCAAAGUUGUUUGGUUGUUGUUUUUUCACGUGAACACCGUGUGUGUGCCGUAGGAGUUUUAUAAACAUGUCAGGACGCGUUUUACGCACAAAACGUCGGAUUGUUGCAGACAGCGUCGGAGCGUUUAACGAGUGCGUCAAGGGCAACUUUCUCCAGGACUGAGAUCCUUGGUGUGACUCACACAGGUGGUGCUGGGAUUCCCGCUUUGAUCCGGAUCGGUGUUUGUGAGAGGAAAAAAGUCUCCGCGUAUUAACGCGUUAUGGAAGGUGAUCAGGAGACCGGCGCGUCCUCCGAUGAGCCGCGGGGGCACAGCGCCGCCGGCACCGACAGCUUCUCACGUCUGUGGACGGAUGUCAUGGGGAUGCUGGAUGGUUCUCUGGGCAACAUAGAUGACCUUGCUCAGGAGUACUCGGAGUACUACAACACCUGCUUUAGUGACGUCAGCGACCGCAUGGAGGAGCUACGCAAACGACGUGUUUCGCAGGAGAUUGAAAUGGAAAAACAGGAUCCCAGCAGCAUGUCCCUGCAGCUCCGCUCAGAGAUCCAGGAGUCCUUAGGCUUCAGCAGCGAGGUGUCCACUCCAGAGACGGACAGAAAAAUGCCGCUGCAUAAGUCCAGUUCUGAAGACGGAUCAGGAGGUAAAUGGGACAAUAAGAAAAAGAACAAAUCUUUCUGGCAGAACUUUCGCAAGUCUCAGCACAAACCUGUAAUGCGACAGACAUCCAAAGGAGAGGACAUUGGCUAUGUGGCCAGUGAGAUCACCAUGAGUGAUGAAGAGAGAAUCCAGCUGAUGAUGAUGGUGAAAGAGAAGAUGAUCACGGUAGAAGAAGCUCUGGCUCGGCUGAAGGAGUAUGAGCGCAGCAGACAGUCCAGCAGUACUGACACUGCAGAGUGGACUGAAGGAUCUGUACCCAAUCUAAACCAGUCCUCAAACUGCAACUCUCAAGAGCAGUCAGAUGACGAGCAGGCUGAGGACUCCGUGAAGUUCAGACGGCUUCACAAGCUGGUGAACUCGACUCGCCGUGUCAGGAAGAAACUCAUCAAGGUGGAAGAGGGCAAGAAACAUGGUUCUGAAGAUUUUCUGAAUUUGGAGGCAUCUCCCACCUGUGAGGAUAACACUGCUCUGUACACGGGGGUGCUGAAGAAGCCCCCAUUGCCCCAGGAGGCUUCUUUGCCCUCCCUCAUCCAGGAUCAACUCUCUCUGGAUGGAGACUCAGACAGUCUGACCACCUCACCUUCCUCUAGCAGCCUCGAAACCUGGUCUGGACACAAAUUAGUUAAAACCUUCAGUAAGUCUUCCAGUACCCAUGGCCUCAUCCGACCCCCCAGGAGGACAUCAGCUGGUUUGGGAGGCCUGGGUGGCUCCUUCUCUGGCAUCGGAGGCAGUGGUUCCUCCUUCUCAGAACUGGAUGGCUGUGGAGUGGACGAGGAGGGAAAGUUGUCACGUUCCACCACCGACAGCGAGAUGCGGAAGGCCGUGAGCUCCGUCUCCCACGGGGUAAGUAACGAUGAGAGUCUCUACUCCUUCCAUGGUCUCACCAAACCUCGCUCCAAACCCCACACCCAGUCCCGCAUCCUAAUCUCUCUGGAUGAAGGUCCUCGAGGCAGCCCGAAACGUCAACCUGCCAGCCGACACCACGGCAGCUGGACACAUCGGAAGCCUGACCCCAACUAUGCUUACUCAACCAAGCAUCUUCUUUACCAACGCUCGCGCAAUGCAAAGACCCCUGUCUCCCCUCUAUGCCUCACCCCAUCCUCCCCUGCCCAUUGUGAUGUAGGUAAAUCAAAGGGUUUUGGAGUUGGGGGCUGGGUAUUCCCCUCUCGCAGGCUGCGAGGGCGAACGGCAGUCAGCGAGCUGAACAUCACCUACGUGGUAGAAAGGAACCUGUACGGUCACCUCAACUGGGCCCAACUGGUCCGUCCGGUUACCCUCAGCCGUGCUGAGCGCCGCUGUCUAUUGGAUGAGGACCGUGAAGCAGACAGGAAGUGGGCGGCCAGCGUAGACCGCUGUACAAAGGGUGUGCUCUUGCGCAUCCAGCAGAAGUCUAGAACCUGCAGCUUCGGAGGCUUCGAUUUGUCCAACCGCUCGCUCCACGUGGUCAACACGGCCUCAGAGAGCAACACUAAAGAACAAGACGCCAUAUACCGGGAAGUGGUCAAGUCCCCCACAACGUCUCGAAUCUCACUGGGCAAGAAGGUCAAGUCAGUCAAGGAAACGAUGAGGAAAAGAAUGUCCAAGAAGUACAGCAGCUCGCUAUCUGAACAGUCCAGUCCAGAUGGAGCCCCUGGUUCCCCACAGUACCCCCAACCUGACACAGAUUCUCUGGAGAAGCCGAAGCUGAAGGCGGGAGGAUCCGUGGAAAGUCUUCGUAGUUCUCUCAGCGGACAGAGUUCAAUGAGCGGUCAAACCGUGAGCACCACAGAUUCAUCAGCCAGUAACAGAGAGAGUGUGAAGUCAGAGGAUGGCGACGAUGAAGAGCCACCGUACAGAGGACCGUUCUGUGGCCGGGCCAGGGUCCACACCGACUUCACGCCCAGUCCCUACGACACGGACUCCCUCAAACUCAAGCGCGGAGAUGUGAUCGACAUCAUCAGCAAGCCACCAAUGGGAACCUGGAUGGGGCUGCUGAACAACAAAGUUGGCACCUUCAAGUUCAUCUAUGUGGACGUCCUGAGCGAAGAAGAGGAGAAACCUAAAAGGCCCAUCAGGAGGAGGAGGAAGACGCGACCGCCCAAACCCACCUCUGUCGAGGAGCUGCUUGAGCGCAUCAACCUCAAAGAGCACAUGCCCACUUUCCUUUUCAACGGCUACGAGGACCUGGACACGUUCAAGCUGCUCGAAGAGGAAGACCUGGACGAGCUGAACAUCAGGGACCCACAGCACAGAGCCGUCCUGCUCACCGCCGUUGAACUGCUGCAGGAGUACGACAGCAGCAGCGAUGUGGAGCACAGCGCCCUCUCUGGAUCCCAGGAGAAGCUGCUGUCUGAGGGUCAGGGCCUGCUGGGAGAUUCUCCUCGAGACUCCGGCUGCUACGAGAGCAGCGAGAACCUGGACAACGGUAAGAACCAGAAGGCUUCUCGUUCCGGUCACUCUUCAACAAACCAACCGUCUCCAGACUAUCCCACUCUGCCGCUGACUUUUUCUACAGAGACUCUACAACACAGCAGCAAGAACCAGCGUGCAAAGUUCCCCAAAAGCUUCUUCAUCAAACCUUCCCCGAAGGGCUUCAGUCUACGGGGGCUGCGCAAAUCCCAAAGACAGUCUCCCAUCCCUGUCAGCCGCAGCUGUGAGGGUUUGGAUGGACCUCUACAGUCUACUGGACCCUGGAAAAGGUCCCAUUCCUUAGGAGAUCUGAAGUGGGAACAGACAGUUGCACAAAAGAAGGAUUUAAACAUAGAGCUUAAAUCUACCCAGGAAGGAUUCAAGUCAUGCAAAAUUAGCCCUACCAAGGUCAACGAGAAUUCCCCUACUCAGAAUGGAAUACCACCAGUAAGCCUGAAGGGAAGAGCAGACCGACCAACAGUGCCGUCCCAGCUGCCACUCACACCUUCUUCUCCCACCAAUCCCAUUCCUUCUCCAAGCCCCCCAGAAUCAAAGACAAAUGUGGCUAUCCGGACUCAUCCCAAAAAGCCCCCAGUCCCUCCUCCUGUUCCUGCCAAGAAGUCCAGGGAAAGACUAGCCAACGGCCUUCGACAUCCUCCUUUCUCCCUGCCCUCCUCACCUUCUCCGACUGGGUCACCGACCCAUUCCUUUGCCCGGUCUCACCCAAACAGCCCUAUAAUCCGGAGCAGCAGCCCCGGCGUUCCACCUCUUCCCACAAAGAUGCCGAGCAUCCCCACCAGUCCCUGCGCCGCCUCGUCCAUUGGUGAGGAGGCAGGCACUCCAUCGGCUGUAGCCCCUCCAUGGCUAUCGGACUUUGGAGGAAAGGUUCCUGUAACAAGGAAGUCCUCUCAUGGCAAGACGAGUCCUGACCUGCUCACCCUCCUGGAACAACGGCUGACAGCAGAGGGCAUUGACCUUACAGAGGAGCCCUAUUCUGACAAGCACGGCCGCUGUGGCGUUCCACAGCCACUGGUGCAGCGUUACGCCGAGGACCUGGAGCAGCCGGUCAAAGACGUGGCCUCCACCAUGGACCAGCUCCGGGUCAGAGAGCUCCGAAAACAACACCGCAUGGCUAUCCCUUCUGGAGGUUUGACUGAAAUGUGCCGGAAGCCUGUUUCUUCAGGUAACAUCAGCACGGUUUCUGAUUGGCUGGUCUCCAUCGGCCUGCCCAUGUACACCACCUCCCUGACGGCGGCAGGAGUCGACACGCUGAGCCAUGUGGCCUUGAUAACAGAGAGCAGCCUGUGGGAAGCAGGUGUGCAGGAUGGACGACACGCCCGCCGGCUGGUCACCGAGGCACGAUUGGUCAGCGUGCACAAGGAAGUGAAGUCCUAACACUGACGGUGGCCUCGGAUUGGUUGAGAGAAAAUAAAUGGACAACUGUGAGCGAACAAAGACACGCAACCAGCUCUGACUUUUCUUUACAAAUGUUUACGGCUUUGACAAAUUUGUUUCCGAAAAGUCACGGUGCGAUAUCGGAUGCCUUUUUGAAGACGUACACUGUGGGACAGGUUCCAUUCUAAAGACACCCAAAGGUCUUAAGGUAGAUCUGGAUGCGGAUCUGCCUUUGAGGAAGAAAGCACAGAUUUUUGUAGGUUGGAUUGUUUUAUGGUUUAUUCCUCCGUAUUUUACUUUAUAAAAACUGAUUUUCAGCUCAAGUGCGAGGCAACGUUAAGUGAAGGUCCUUUCAGGAAGUAGCUCGGCCCUACGUGAGCAGAGGCUUCAUUCCAGCUGACUUCAGAAUUCAGUCUGGACUAUAACUGUUGAUUUCAGAUUGAAAAAAGUUUAUUUUGUAUCUUCUUUCUGUGUGAUAUAAUAAACCACAUAUCCUAAUUUCAAAGUGUUUUUGUAUAUUAAUUUUUUUUCCCCCAGUUUCAUUAUUUCAGCCUUAUUUUGGGGCCAAAUCGUUGUCAUUUAUAUUUCAUAUAUUUUUCAUCCUAUUUCAGGCCCUGCCACAAUAUGAAGCUGGGUUUUUUUGUUGUUGUUCUUUAAACAGUAAACACAAUCAGCAUCAUAGCAACAAGACAUUCCUCGUGUAUCCAAAUAUAAUUUAUGUUUGGCCAACGAGAACAUAUAAAUAUCUGAAAUUAUCAAAGAUUAAUUUCUGCCUUCACAAUAUGGUGACAGAGUUCAUUUAAACAGGGUGUGUCACAGCCAAGGGUUUUUAUUUUUACAUAUAUGUGCAACACCAAUACAUUGACCAAUACAAGACCUCAAGCCACACAACAUGGUUUCAAAAUCAUGUUAUCGACCAAAUGGCAAAAGUGAGCAGCUGGACAGGAAUUGUAAGUUUGUAACCUUGGAGUGGUGUCUUAUUAGAAAUGAGGGCUGUAUUUAUUUUGGGUGUUUAAUCAUUUGUGUUGCCAUGUUGGCACUCUGUUCCAGGUUUAGGAGUAGAGGCAACAAAGCGACUGACGAAGAAUAAUCUUGAAAAUCACUCGUCACACUUUUUUUUAAGCACCUCAUCUGAAGUGCAAGUGCGAGGUGUAAACAUUCUUCCUUUAUAAAUGUCAGUGUGGGAAAUGGAACCUGCAGUUCAUGGGUCAUCUAAAUUUUUGUUACUGUAACCAUUUUAAUUAAUAGCAGAAUGAUUCAUUCACAGCAUCUUU